AUGGAUACGAAGUCAUUUUCGUCUCGCAUCAGCGACCUCGUCAAGUUCCUCUCAUCAGUACAGGGCGAUCUCUCCAAUGUCACCGCACCGCCGUCUUUCCUGGCGCCCUCGUCAGUUGUCGAGGUCGGCCACUGCUGGUCGCAGAGGCCAGGCGUCUUCGUCGCCCCGGCCCUCGAACAGGACCCGGAGAAGCGUUCGUUGAAGGUGCUGCGCAUGAUCCUCAUCGCGAUGCGCAGCCAAUUCUACGUCGCCGGCGCCCCCAACGUCAGCAUCAAGAAGCCUCUUAAUGCAUUUCUUGGCGAGCUUUUCCUGGCGUCCUGGAACGAGGGCAAGGCGUCGACGAAGCUGGUGGCUGAGCAGGUCAGCCACCACCCGCCCAUCACGGCGAUGCACAUCGCCAGCAAGGAGCACGGCAUCAGGGCGGAUGGGUACGCGCGCGUCGAGAUGACUUUCUCGAGCAGCGUCAACAUUCGCCAGAUCGGGCAUGCGGUGGUGCACAUUGACAGGUACGACGAGGACUAUUUGGUGCCGCUUCCCGAUGUAAAGGUUCGGGGUUUCCUGAACGCUUGCUUGUACCCCGAGGUGAUUGGCACAUACUACAUCGUCUCGAGCACGGGGUACGUAUCGGAGAUCAAAUUCUCGGGGACGGGUGUGUUCAGCGGAAAGAAGAACUUCUUCCAGGCGAGGAUUUACCACAAGAACGACAAGAAGGCGACAAUUUACUCAUUGGAGGGUGUCUGGAGCGAGGGCUGGACUGUGAAGGACGGCAGGACAGGCGACAUUAUCGAGAAGUACGAGGUCGAUGCGUUGGAGAACUUGCCUGCGCCGAUGGAGAUCGAGCCGAUUGCCAGUCAAGAUCCUUGGGAGUCGCGCAAGGCGUGGGCUGGCGUCAUCGAAGGCCUUGGGAAGAACGACUUCCGGCAGACGGUGAACGCGAAGAGCGAGGUAGAGCAGGCGCAAAGACGCAUGAGAGCGGAAGAGAAGAAGAAGGGAGAGACCUGGGAGCCGUUAUUUUUCAAGAGCAUUCCUGGGUCGGAACACGACAUUUUCCACCAGCUGGCCAAGCCUGUCAACUGGCAGCUUCAUGAUAAACAUACUAAGGGUGUUUGGAAGGUUGAUGAGGACAAGCGGGAUACGGUUCAAAGACCAUUUAGGGGGGAACUGACGCCUUUGGGAUAG